CUCUCCCUCUCUCUCUCACACCCUCAAACUCAUCCGAUGGACUCCGCCGCACCGGAAUGCCCCCCGCCUCCCUCCGGCGAACUCGAUCCGCCUCCCGCCGACUUCUCCGCUUCCCGUUCAGGUGGUGGUGGGGCCAAGUACAAGCUCAUGUCGCCGGCGAAGCUCCCGAUCUCGAGGUCCCCUUGCCUCACCAUCCCGCCGGGACUCACUCCGACGUCGUUUCUCGAGUCCCCGGUGCUCCUCUCCAACAUGAAGGCAGAACCUUCUCCAACUACUGGGUCCUUUUUGAAUCCUAAAAUGGUCUAUGGUACUGCGAGUUCUACAUAUUCGGGAACCAUGGUUUGCUCCAAUGAAAGAAACUCUGGAAGCUUCGAGUUUAAGCCCCAUUCCAGAUUGAAUAUGGUUACUACGGAUUAUGACCACCACAGCAAUGAGCAGGCUGUGCAAGUCCAAGGUCAAGGUCAAGGUCAACAUCAGUCUCAAUCAUUUGUGUCACCACCUUUGCUUAAAAGUGAGAUGGCAGGCUCCUCAAAUCAAUCGAUAUUAUCAGCUCCUGUUCAUAUGGUCUCUUCAGGACCUAGUGCACAUGUUGAAGGUGAUGCAGAUGAUACAAGUCAGAGGGGAAAUCUAAAUUCUGGUGUCCAAACAUCACAGCUUGAUCUUAAAGGAAGUAGCCCCUCAGUAUCUUCUGAUGAUGGCUAUAACUGGAGAAAAUAUGGACAAAAACAUGUAAAAGGAAGUGAAUUUCCUCGUAGUUAUUACAAAUGUACACAUCCCAACUGUGAAGUGAAGAAACUGUUUGAGCGAUCCCAUGAGGGACAUAUAACAGAGAUUAUCUACAAGGGUACACAUGAUCACCCUAAACCCCAACCUAGUCGACGAUAUAAUACUGGUGCUGCUAUGAUGAAUGUACAGGAAGAAAGAUCUGACAAGGCUUUAUCUUUGACAGGCCGAGAUGACAAGUCCUCCAGUAUGUAUGGGCAAAUGUCUAAUACCAAUGAGCCAAGUAGUACUCCUGAGCUAUCCCCUGUCAGAGGGAACGACGGUAGUGGUGAAGGAACAGGCUCACUAGCAACUAGAAUACUUGAUGAGGUCGAUGAUGAGGACCCAUUCUCUAAAAGGAGGAGGAUGGAUGUUGGUGGAAUUGAUGUUACACCAAUUGUUAAGCCUAUCCGGGAACCACGAGUUGUUGUUCAAACUCUGAGUGAGGUUGACAUCUUGGAUGAUGGAUACCGCUGGCGCAAAUAUGGUCAGAAAGUUGUGAGGGGGAAUCCCAAUCCAAGGAGCUAUUACAAGUGCACAAAUGCUGGAUGCCCUGUUAGAAAACAUGUGGAGAGGGCAUCCCAUGAUCCAAAAGCAGUUAUAACUACAUACGAGGGAAAACAUAAUCAUGAUGUCCCUACUGCAAGGACUAGUAGCCAUGACACUUCGGGACCAACAACCGUGAACGCCCCUUCUAGGAUUAGAACAGAAGAAAAUGACACCAUAAGCCUUGAUCUUGGUGUUGGAAUGAGCUCUGCUUCUGAAAAUAGAUCCAACAAUCACCUGCAAAUGCACUCUGAACUAGCAGAAAGACAAACUCACCCUAGUUCCAAUUUUAAGGCUGCUCCAUCAUACUAUGGUGUUCUAAAUAGUGGCAUGAAUCAGUAUGGAUCUAGAGAAAGUCCAAGUGAAUCACGUAACAUCGAGAUUCCACCUUUAAACCAUUCCUCUUAUCCAUAUCCACAGAACUUGGGAAGAGUACUAACAGGUCCAUAGAAUUGCUUAAGAUUGAGGCAAGGAAAAAAUAAGCU